AUGUCUAAAAACUUUGCACUUUCCCUCGAGCUUCCGUGGGUUGAAAAAUACAGACCAAAGAAACUAGAUGAUAUCGUCGGAAACGAAGAGACAAUUGAGCGUUUGAAGCUCAUCGCCGAGGACGGCAACAUGCCCCAUAUGAUCAUAUCAGGUCUACCAGGUAUUGGUAAAACCACCUCCGUGCACUGUCUUGCCUACGAACUUUUGGGACCUGAGCUAGUGCUGCUGGCUACUUUGGAGCUUAACGCUUCGGACGACAGAGGUAUCGAUGUGGUGAGGAACAAAAUCAAGCAGUUUGCUCAAACCAAGAUCCUGUUACCACCAGGAAGACACAAGAUCAUUAUAUUGGACGAGGCUGAUUCGAUGACGGCUGGUGCCCAGCAGGCCUUGCGUCGUACAAUGGAGUUGUACUCGAACACCACCAGAUUCGCCUUUGCAUGUAACCAGUCGCUGAAGAUCAUCGAGCCAUUACAGUCUAGAUGUGCUAUCUUGAGAUAUAAUAAGCUUGCCGACGACCAGGUGUUGUCGCGUCUAUUGGAAAUUGCCAAGAUGGAGGAUGUUAAAUACAACUCAGAGGGUUUGAAGGCUUUGAUCUUCACAGCUGAGGGUGAUAUGCGUCAGGCUAUCAACAAUAUGCAAAGUACGGUGGCCGGCUUCGGAUUCGUGGAUGAUGUUAAUGUGUUCAAGAUUGUGGACCAGCCACAUCCUCUUGUUAUCAAGAAGAUAUUGAACGCGUGCGUUUCGAAAUCGAUCGACGAGGCUAUCGAUCUUCUCGAUUCGCUUUGGAAGAAGGGGUAUUCUGCCAUUGACAUUGUCACCCUGAGCUUCAAGGUGGCCAAAACGUUACCAGGAAUUGAUGAGCUGAAACGCUUGGACAUCAUCAAGGAGAUCGGGGCGUGCUGUCGUAUCUACAAUUGUGCGGUAUGUACGCCAAAUUAG